AUGAAUUCUUUGGACAAUCUUGAUUUACCCCCUGCACGUGUUCCGGAUUUGGAACGAAUUCGUAAUGCCAAGCGAAAGAGAGCACAGCAGCUAAAGAGAUGGGCCCAAUAUGAUAAGAAUAUGGAAAAAAAAGAGAAGAAGUUUCGAAGCUCUACAUCACCUCCACCAGGAUCUAAUCUAGUCGGUCGACAGCAUCCUGGUUUUGCUCGUCUUGUGCAAUUUUCUCAAGCAGUUAUUCUUUUGGAAGCAGCUGCUAGGGAUGAUUUAGAUGAAGUUCGCAAAUUGCUCAGCCAAGGUGUCUGUCCUAACGUAACGAACACAGAUGGAUUAACGGCACUACAUCAAUGUUGCAUCGAUAACAAUCAAGAGAUGUGUCGGUUACUCAUUCGGUUCGGUGCUGACGUUAACGCUCGAGAUACUGAGCUCUGGACUCCCCUACAUGCCGCUGCGACCUGCUGCCAUGCAGAACUCUGCAAACUCCUAAUUGAUAAGCAAGUUUUUUAA